UAUACCACCCCCAACCUUGUCGCGCCUUUCACCCCGUGCUCUCGUAGGAGUCGGACCUGGAGGACUCCGCGUCGGAGUUCCACCCCUCCGACUGCCAGGCGGACACAGACAGCGACGAUGAGUGCACGCUGGACACCAGCGGCGACUCGCCGAGCCCCGACCUCCGGGCCAAGCCCAAGCGGAGGAAGCCGGGCCCGCCGAUGCGCUUCGUGGACGACAGCCCUCGCCCGAUCACCAAGGACAGCGCCGCGGGCGACGCCGAGGCCACAUCUCGCGCCAGCGGCAUGCUCGGCGGCGCUCGGCGCUCAUCUACCCCGGGGUGGGUGGGUCGUCCUCUCGCGGCGGGGGCGGGGCUUCUCACCACCGUCCUCGUCAAGCUGUUGCUCGUACACAGUCAGCGCCGAGCUCCGCUGCUUCCCGCCCGGCUUCCUCCGCGGCUUCGACGACUGGUCGCCCCGCUACGACGGGCCAGCGUCCCACCUCUGGCGGCACGGACCGGCCUGGACACGGUGGGGAAGGCGGCUCUUCUCGCCGUGCGUCCGACCUCAGCACCUCGGCUGCCGCCGGGGAUCUCUCGUCCCAGGGACGCGGCAGCUCUACGUCUUCCCGAGGGCGUGCCGUCGGCUACGCCUCCCGCGAGGGGGCGGCACCAGCCACGACGGGGGGAACUGCUGACUCAUCUUCGGCCCCGCCCAGCUUCACCCGGAUCGGGGGAGGGUCUUCACACACGCCGGGAGGAGGUGGCGGACGUGUAAACUCAGUGACCAUCACCUCGAAUAUGAGCGGCGAAUCAUUGUACCAGGCACUGGUUGCUCUGGACAUCUCGCUUGUGUCCAAGGCGGCCCUCCUCGGCAUUCACAUGUCCGCCGUGGCACCCUCUCACCAGAAGUUACACCAGCAGCUGCACGCCUGCUUUCUUGUCGUACUCACGUACUGUAUUUUCACUCUGCCAAUUGAUUCUCGUGUGAUGUUGUGCCCCCCCCCUCCUACUCCUCGUCGAGUUGCUCGACGUUUGCACAAAUAAACGGUAAUCAUCACCCCCGCUCCCCGGCACGUGUCCGUAUAAUGUUAUGGGUGCUGAUCUCCCGUCCAAACGUCCGCGGCCGAUUCUCCGUUUUCUGCCGACCUUUUCUCGUGGAUCGGUAGGUCAAGUCCAACAAACGCAAGCACCCAAGAGAGCCGGUGAAGGGGGAGCGUUUGUCCAAUGGGAUCGUCGCUGCCAUCUUCUGCGUGUACAGCUACGCCUUCGUCGGCGCCGCCAAGGCCCAAUUCUCUGGGGGAAAGAAAGGCGACGAGACAAACAACGUCUUCCUCGCGGCCGCGUGCCACGUGUGGGUAGCGGCUCAGCAAAGUCUCCGACUGGCUCGACAAGGUCAUCACAGCCAUCGCCGCUGCUCACGCUACACUGCACGGGAUCGUUCGCGAGGCCGUCGUCCCGCUUGGUCUCGUGCUCGUCCAGGAGGAAUGCCUGGAGAACGACUCCUUCACCCUGGAGGACAUCUUCUGGGACGCUCGGGAGCGGGCGCGCCAUCUCGAGCCGGACAUGAAGGCAAGCGGUGCAGGACUUCCAGGACUCCGUGCUGGACUUCCCGGUUUCUGCCGCGCGGCGGGCCACCGGAAAGGGUCACCUCAAGGCGUUCCACGUCUACGGGGGACGCGAAACACUCCCCAAGCAGUUUACGAGGAAAGUCGCAGUGCCGCUGGUCCUGCACAUGCUCUGCGAUGCGGAAACCCUGGAGGUGGAGCCCGCCGGGGAGGUGGAGACCUACCAGUGCCUCGCGGAGCGGCGGGUGCAGGCCUUCGCUCACCGCAUGAACGGAGGCUUUAAGACCAAGAAGGCUAGGGAGUGCCAGAAUGCGCGACUUGUGGUACUACCUGUUUAACUUCGCCACGGGCCAGUUCCGCUUCGCCGAACCCAUCCUGCGCGUCCCGAAGAAGGACUUCACGAAGAAGAGCAUCGUCGCCCACAUCGCGCCGUUCGCAGGCAAGCUUUUCCCACCCGGCCGUAUUUUGUUUGUCAUAUCCUCAAUACAGCUCAUUCGGCGUUCAAACUAGAUCGAUACAAAAUGUAGGGUAGGGACCCCCCCUAUUCGUCAAACUGAAAGCCCUGUCCUCAAAGAGACCGUCAUCCUCGCAUUCAUCUUGACGUCUUGUGAUCAUGACGUUAUCGCGUUCGCGUGUCUUUUCCGUUCGACAAACGAACGCAGGCGGCAAGACCGACCUCUCUGGCCCCGAGGUCUNCGGCCGUAUUUUGUUUGUCAUAUCCUCAAUACAGCUCAUUCGGCGUUCAAACUAGAUCGAUACAAAAUGUAGGGUAGGGACCCCCCCUAUUCGUCAAACUGAAAGCCCUGUCCUCAAAGAGACCGUCAUCCUCGCAUUCAUCUUGACGUCUUGUGAUCAUGACGUUAUCGCGUUCGCGUGUCUUUUCCGUUCGACAAACGAACGCAGGCGGCAAGACCGACCUCUCUGGCCCCGAGGUCUCGAACGAGGGCGACGAGGAGACACUGAUUCGCGAGACGCCCUUCGACCGCCCCGACGAUGUUAUCGGCGAGGCGAGCGACCUCGAGGAACACCUCCACAUGUCGCCCUAAGUUCAGGGCGACAUGUUGUUGAGGUACUCCUCCAGGUCGCUCGCCUCGACGAUAACAUCGUCGGGGCGGUCGAAGGGCGCCGGCAGCUUUUGUCUCCACACAAGUAUGCCUGACAAGUUUUGGAGUGGGUUUCGAAGGGGGGAGACAUUAUCCUCGAAGUUGCUGCUGGUAUUGCUUUGCGCGGAGUUAAUGUGUCGGCUCUCACAAAGCUUCACUACUGGGUUGUCUCAUGUACCCCAGGGGGUUGAUGCAGUUAAGAUAUCCACGCCCUGUCGCGCGGGAUGGCAUCAUCCUGGACACCCGACCUCACCUCUGCGCUCUUUCUGUAUGAUUAUUUUGGAUGCGUCGGAGCUACAUUUCUUGUAUACACCGGCGGCGUAUCACGUCGCGCAAUGGAGACCUGCGCGACGUUCGUGGUGAUGGUGGAUGAUGCAUGUUGCUCAGGAUGUAGGUUGUUGCGCUGUGGCCUGCAUGGUCAACACGGCAGCGUUCGUCUGUUGCUUUUUUUUUUCUGUGUGAUCUACUUUGCAUUUUAGUGAGUAGGCGGUUGGUGGCGGGGCCUUUUCUCGCGUCUGUCAGUGACCGACGGCGGGAGCCUUCGCCGGCUUCGGGGGGGGGCUUGUUAUUGAUACCUAGGUGGAUCUCUGGGCGGGUACAUGUCUGCAGUAGUCUUGUUAGAUGACAUCAGUUUGUACUAUACCUUGGUGAUCAUGAUGAUGUGGUGAUACCUUUGGUCGAGUAAAAUAUGCUGUUGGGGUGGCGCUUGGCGCGUCCCACACAUUGCGUUUGCGGUCUUGUCUAUUAUGUUUUUGCUUCUCUCCAAUGGGGGUCGUUGAAUGCGUCCACAGUCCACGUCGUUUCUUAUGGCGUCACGUCCCAGAGUGAGUGUCGGAUUAUGCUUUUUGCUUUUCCUGUAUACCUUUGAUGCAUGUCUCGCGUAGCUCUCGAAUAGAGUAGUGUUGUGCACGUCAUGCAUAUACGAAACGGAGAGGGUAUUGAAUCACUAGGUACUCUUCGCUGUUUUGUGUACGGAGGGUCGAGAUGCGUUGAAUGAGGGAGAAUCUUCGGACAGAUGGAUCGGUGUGUCAUGGAUUUGAUACUAGCGCCGGCUGUUCCUGUCGGUCAAUAGUCCGGUGUGUACUUCGUCAUCCUUCGUGUUUCCUGUUUGCGUAUCAAAAAUGUAGCCGGUGCUGCGGGAGUCACUGUAAUCGUAGGAAACAGAGAAAAUGAAACCGUUUCGAAAAACCACC